AUGGACUAUCGAAACAACUCUUUGUGCACCAAUCGAGAUGUUCAGAUCGAACUGCAAAGAUUGUUGAGAAUGCACAUCCCUGCGUACCUCCACACCAGUUUGGUCAUCGAGUCAAUUGCGAAACAUCGACUGCACGUGCUGCAGUCGACUUACACCAUCGUCGUUCACAAACGGCACGUGCGGUCGUUGUGUCAUGUUCAUAUUCUCAUGUCCUUUGGCGGCAAUUUUGCUUUCAUGUUUGGAGAGAUAGGCAUGGAUUAA